UUGGUGUAGUAAGUUUUGAAAGGUAAUACCAAAGCCCUACCCAUAUCCUUUCCCUCUCAAAGACAUUGAAGCCCUAUUUCGAAAGAUAUUACAAGUGGAAGUGAGCUCUUCUCCCCGUAUCAUAAUGUCAAUACCUGCAGCUCAAGCUCUCGUCUUUAGAACCAAACUCAACUUUCAUCGUCCUCUCAUCUUCUGCCUUCACAAGGUCCGUAAGCGCAGUUCUAUUGCUGCACUAGAUGUUGCACCGCUGGUGGAUCCGGUAAUUGUAUUAAACAAUCGAUCCCAUAAUACUUCACAUGUAAAAGGUGAUGAGAGUGGACCUAAAUGGAAGAAAUUGAGUUCAGAAGAACUUGGAAUUAGUACCUCAAUGAUUGCAAAGCCUACAAGAGUGGUUCUGAAUGGGCUAAAGAAAAAGGGGUUUGAGGUGUACCUUGUAGGAGGUUGUGUUAGAGAUCUUCUAUUGAACAAAACUCCUAAAGAUUUCGAUAUAAUAACGUCAGCUGAACUUAAAGAGGUACUGAAAACAUUUCAGCGAUGUGAAAUUGUUGGAAGGAGGUUCCCUAUAUGCCACGUGCAUGUCGAUGAUACCAUUGUGGAGGUUUCUAGCUUUAACACCACUGGGAGGAGAUUUAAGAGGAAUUCCUAUAAUGUUGUUCGAAGACCUGCUAUGUGCGAUGAGGCUGAUUUCAUUCGCUGGAAAAAUUGUUUGGGAAGAGAUUUUACUAUCAAUGGAUUGAUGUUUGAUCCAUUUGCAAGGAUAGUCUAUGACUACUUGGGUGGACUGGAAGAUAUUAGAAGGGCUAAAGUGAGAUGUGUGAUUCCCGCAAGUGCUUCUUUCAUCGAGGACUGUGCUCGCAUUUUGCGUGGAGUGAGGAUAGCAGGCCGUUUAGGAUUUCGUUUUUCUAGAGAAACAGCUCAUUUUGUAAAAGAAUUAGCAUCUUCUAUAUCAAGACUUGAUAAGGGAAGGAUCUUAAUGGAAAUGAAUUACAUGCUGGCAUAUGGUUCUGCUGAAGCUUCAUUGAGAUUAUUAUGGAAAUUUGGACUUCUAGAAAUUCUUCUACCAAUCCAGGCUUCUUACUUUAUUUCCCAGGGAUUUCGCAGGCGUGACAAGAGAUCUAAUAUGCUUCUGACUUUGUUUUCAACAUUGGACAACCUUCUGGCUCCCGACAGGCCUUGUCAUUCUAGUUUAUGGAUUGCGAUCUUAGCAUUCCAUAAAGCACUGGUGGACAGACCUAGAGAUCCUUUGGUUGUUGCUGCCUUUAGCGUUGCUGUCCACUGUGGUGGAUCUUUGUCAGAUGUGUUAGGAGUAGCGAGAAAGAUCUCUCAACCACAUGAUACAAGGUUUUCUGAGCUCUUAGACUUCCGAAUUGUGGAGUCAGAUGAAGCAUUGUUGGAUGAGAUGAUGGAUCUUGCCACUUAUGUGGAAGCUGCAUUACGAAAGAUGACUGAUGAGCAUUUUAUUUCCCAAGCUCUGACAGAGUAUCCUCAAGCGCCAAAGUCGGAUCUGGUGUUUAUCCCAUGGGCACUGUCACAAAAGGUUGAUGCAAUAUUUGAGUGUGUUAGAAGGGGAAAAGAGAAGGGAUUUCGACGAAAACGAGGCAGUAAAAUUGAUUAUGAGUCCCUAGCAUUAGGAAAAUUGCAUGAAAUUAGGCAUAUUUUUGCAAGGGUUGUUUUUGAUACCGUGUUUCCUCCUCAUCUCAAAGACUAAUGUAUCUCUAGAGUCUAGAUGCAUUUACAUAGGUUCUCAUGAACUUGUUACCAAAGUAGAAACUUCCUUUUAGUUCAAUUUUUCUUUAUGUAUGGUUGCACGAGGUUGGGCAUGUCAGUGAUAUUCCUUUUGUGAUUAUGCUAAAGUUGGUCUGGUUAAUGACUGACUGGCGUGUAAGUGUAUGAGUUGGCAGCCUGUGUCAGUUCCUUGAGCUGCAAUAAAAUCCCCGUCAAUUCUUGAGUGAGAUAGUUGUCAUGCAGUGUUGUACGUCAUGUCAAGGAAGUUUCACCAGCUGUUUGGAGAUGGAGUCAGAGGUCUGCAACCUUGUUGGUGUAAAGAUCAAAAGCACUUCAUUCUGGAAGAGAUGUUAGUGAUGAUGCUGUGAUAUUCAAUGAUAAGUUGCGCGCCCAUUGUUAUAUGUGAAGGUGGUUUGGGCAAACAGGCACUUCUGGAUAAUAUUCCAUGCCAUUGUAUAUUCAAGUAAGUCAGGUUCUUCUGUCACCGGUAUAAUUCUUCUAAUAGACCAUUCUUGUAGCCUUUUUGUGCAACAUAAACCAAUGGGCCUUAUUAUUACAUGUUAUUUUACUA